GGCUGGAGCUCUUGAGGCGCAAGCUACAAUUACUGUACCUGAACUCUCGUACGACCAUGUGAAGUUAUUUCCUAAUUUACCCAAUUCGAUAGCAUUUGCUGGUGACUUAGAGACCGCUUCACUAGGAUUCAGAUCAGUUAAGGUCCAAAUGCGAUGUCAAUUUGGCGACAGACGAAUAUUCUGAAUUUGUUGCCAAACCGGAUCUCUAAUUCCGCCUCACAUCGUCUUUUUCACUUUUAUCGAAUUAGAAGAUCGAGACCAUCCACCAAUUUCACCAGCGCCAGCAAACGUAGUCAAGUAUUACUACAAAACAGAAUCAUAAACCCCAGGAUAUCUGUGACUACUAGACGACAAGACCGAAGCUUCAGUACAUCCAAAACCAUGGCGGCACCACCCGUGACUAAUCUCACGGAUGCGGUGGUCGCUGCAAUGAAGACGCUGUUCCCUGAAGAGCUAGCUGAUAAGGCAUGGGACAACACAGGAUUGCUUCUCGACCAAGCGCCACUGCCACCAUCAUCGAAUCCUGAAAAAGGGUUUGGCGGCACGGUUCUUCUUACGAAUGAUUUAACGUCUGCGGUAGUUGACGAGGCACUGGAGGAAGGGGCAAAGAUGAUUGUUUGCUAUCACCCCGUCAUUUUCAGACCUUUGAAAUCUCUUACUACCAAGGACCCCAUGCAAACUCUUCUCCUCCGCCUAGUUGCCGAGAGGAUCUCCGUCUAUUGCCCUCACACGGCCAUGGAUGCCGCGAGUGGAGGCUUGAACGACUGGCUUUGUGAUAUUCUGCUAGAUGGGGAACAUCAAGUGAAGCGAACUGUCGUCCAGCCUAUCUCUCGACCUUUACCUGAAGGACACCAGGGCACUGGCUACGGACGGUCAUUUGAGCUGGCCCAUCCCACCACCUUACAGACUCUUCUUAAGCGACUCUCGAUUGGUGUGGGUGAUCAACGUUAUAUAAUGGUCGCCCUGCCGCCCGCGCUAAGAGAUCUCACCAAAACGCAUGAAAUUUCAAAGGUAGCUGUCUGCGCUGGCUCAGGAUCUGAUGUCCUGAGGGAUACGGAUGCACAAGUCCUCGUGACUGGGGAAAUGGCUCACCACUAUGCACUUCGACACACCCAGCUAGGUCAGAUCGUCGUCACCGUCUUCCACAGCAACUCGGAACGAAAAUACUUGGAAACAAGACUAAAACCUAUGUUGGAGGUCGAAUUAGAGACAACUUUGUACGGAGACACUCGUGUGAUCGUCAGUAAGGCGGAUCGCGAUCCCUUUGAGAUAAUCGAUGUUAGCGGUUUAGCUUAAGGAAUUCCAACUUGCUGCCCGGACCCAUCGGUAUGGCAAUUAAGAUGGCACGUUCCCUCGUCACCUAACGUGUCUCGGCGGAAGAACCUAGGGCAACUUGUCGUAGGUCGUGGGCCUUCAAUGCGGGAAUUUGUCAAUCGUAGAAUACUCAGUCAUCAUGAGGCUUUCGAAUCCAAAUCCCGCCAACUACCUUUGCUCGGCUCGCCUUCAAGAGCUGCAUCACCAUCCUCUAUACAGGCUUCCACGUCAGGACCACCAAUACCUUGUUCCUUCCAAACCAAUAGAAGUCUUCGCGGCAUUUUCC